GCGAGGUGGUCACGUGCUGUGCGAUGGCGGCGUUAGCGGCGUCUUUGCUGCUGGGCCGGAUUGUGUAAGGGUAGGGCUGGAUUCUAGGUAGAGCCUGGCGGCGAGGAGAAAUCUCGGAUUGGGCUCUCAGUGACUAUGGGCACCGUCCAGGCUCGGAGCUUAGAGCCUCUUCCAGUGAGUGGACCGAAUUUAUCGCCUUCAGUGGAUGAACUGGAAACAGUUGAAGUGGAACCUGAGACCAAACAAGAGGUUUUAGAAAAUAAAAGAGUGGUUGUUCAGCAUGUGCACAUUGACGGAAUUAGCAGAACUAAAGAUGAUCUCUUAGUGUAUGAAAUUGCUGAUGUAUUCAAAGCUAAAAACCUCAUUGAGGUGAUGAAGAAGUCUCAUGAAGCUCGUGAACGCUUGCUUCGCCUGGGGAUUUUCAGAAAUGUGGAAGUCCUUAUUGAUACUGCCCAGGGUGAAGAGGCAGUAGCUGAAGGAUUGGACGUGAUAUUUGAAGUAAAGGAAAUGAGACGAUUGACUGGAAGCUACAACACUAUGGUUGGCAAUAAUGAAGGAAGUAUGGUUUUGGGUCUAAAGCUGCCCAAUCUAUUUGGUCGAGCAGAAAAAAUAACUUUCCAAUUCUCCUAUGGAACAAAAGAGACAUCUUAUGGCCUCUCAUACUUUAAACCACAGCCUGGUAACUUUGACAAAAAUUUUUCUGUCAAUUUGUACAAGGUAACUGGACAGUUUCCUUGGAGCUCGCUUCGUGAAACUGAUAGAGGUCUUUCAACUGAAUACAAUUUUCCAAUCUGGAAAACACAUCACACUUUGAAAUGGGAGGGAGUUUGGAGGGAGUUGAGCUCUUUGUCACGCACAGCAUCCUUUUCUGUUCGGGAAGAAAGUGGUCAUUCUCUCAAAUCUUCGCUUUCGCACACCAUGACUAUUGACACUCGGAAUUCAGCGAUCCUCCCCAAACGUGGAGCUUUGCUCAAAAUCAACCAGGAGCUGGCGGGUUACUGUGGAGGUGACGUGAACUUUUUGAAGGAGGAUGUUGAGCUACAGUUCAAUACCAGUCUGUUAUGGGAUUGUGUUCUCUCAGCUUCCCUGUGGAGUGGCCUUCUAGUACCAAUGGGAGAGAAGCCGUCUUCUAUUGCUGAUAGAUUUUACCUUGGAGGGCCAACAACUGUGCGUGGCUUCAGCAUGUAUAGUAUUGGACCUCAGAGUGAAGGGGAUUACCUUGGUGGUGAAGCAUAUUGGGCCGGAGGUCUGCACUUUUACACACCUCUGCCUUUCCGUCCGGGCCAUGGAGGAUUUGGUGACCUGUUCAGAACACACUUCUUUUUGAAUGCUGGCAACCUUUGUAACCUGAACUAUGGUGAAGGCCCCAAUGCACACCUGCAGAAGCUGGCAGAAUGUAUCCGAUGGUCCUAUGGGGCAGGGAUUGUCCUGAGAUUGGGAAACAUUGCCAGACUGGAACUCAACUAUUGCAUUCCCAUGGGCGUACAGAGUGGUGAUAGGAUAUGUGAUGGUGUCCAGUUUGGAGCAGGAAUAAGGUUUCUAUAAUGCCUUUUUGAAAAGAAGCAACCUACAUGUGUUUCAUUAUUGAAACCUGAACCGAGUACCUUACCAAAAAAUUAAUAAAGUUGUCUGUAAUUUGA